AUGUCGACAAUAUCAUCCGCUCCCGGAGCCCGAGCGGCAUCCACCCGUAUCCAACUCGAAGACGGCUCAUAUGCAGUCCAGGGCUCUACGUACAAGCGGGUUAUCAUCUGCUGUGAUGGUACCUGGCAGGGAUCUGAUAAAGGUGUUGAGACAGUUCCAUCUAAUAUCGCCCGUUUGGUCAAAGCCAUCGCUCCUAAGAAACUGGACGGCGAUGGCCGUGAAACACAGCAGGUAGUCUUCUACCAGUCCGGUAUUGGAAGUACUAGUUGGGGGACGGUUGGAAACAUGGCUGCUGGUGCAACCGGUGCCGGACUCGAUGACAACGUCCUUGAAGCCUACUACUUCCUAUGUAACAAUGUCGAGCCCGAUGAUGAAAUCUUCCUUUUCGGAUUCUCCCGCGGCGCAUACACAGCCCGAACCCUCGGCGGCCUGAUCGAUGAAUUUGACAUCAUCGAUCGUUACAGUUUGCACCAGUUCCCAGAAGUUUAUAGCGCUUACAAGGCUAGAAACGAAAAGAAUUCCGAUGAAUUCAAGCGGAUGUAUGAUGGAAUCAGCACAGUUCUUCUUGACAAUGAUGUUGAGACAUUGUCGCAAGUCUUGAAGACUGGAAAGAUUGUCAGAUACCCUGCUAAAAUCAAGGUAAUCGGUGUGUUCGACACUGUGGGUGCCAUGGGAAUUCCGGAAAGUAGGGUGGUGAGAGCUUUGAAUAUGAAUGCGGAUCAGAAAUUCAGAGAUCCUAGACUAUCGACCAAGGUUGAAAAUGCAUUCCAUGCUUUGGCUCUUGAUGAUCACCGAAUAGCAUUUACGCCAACGAUGUGGCAUCAACCCUUCGAAGGGCGAGACAUCAAUGACCCACUGAUGUACAAAGGCCCUAAUCUCAUUCAAGUUUGGUUCCCAGGGAUGCACGUAAAUGUUGGUGGUGGUAAUUCCGAUAACAAACCCGUUGUCAUUCCGCGUGAUAACCCUAACGAUGGGAUUUUGACACCACACGAGUUUGUCAAAAAGAAUGAAAGCUGGACCAGCUGGAUGGGUUCAAAGAUCUCUUCGGGCCUUUCGGCCUUAAACCCAUUCGCCAUAGCACCUGAAAAGGGAUCCGAUGGGAACACUGUUUAUGCCAACGGCGACGAUGAAGAACUUGCAGACAUCACAUUGAUGUGGAUGAUUGAUCGGUGUCGUCCAUUCCUUACCUUUAACGAGAAGUAUCUCGAUUACUUGGUUGAAAUGCACGAUAAGAAACUUGCCGUCAUCCGAAAGGAGGCAUUGGCUCGUCUUUCCGUCUCACGUGUUUGGCCAGGCCAAAAGGAUCUCAAAUUCGGAUGGGCAUGCGGUCCUAUCGUUGACUCCUUCCAAGGAGCUACAGCAAUGGCCGGAAGUCAGAACAGAGCUCCUGGACAAUACACUAGUGACUUUACCGUCGGCAACAUUAUUGAUGAGACUCGUGAUCAUCACCACACAAGAGAAUACAUGCACCCUUCCGUUCGAUGGAGAUACUUUGAGAACGGCGACGAGUACAAGCGAUGCAGGGGCCUAGACGGCUUCAAGCUAGCUGAUUAUACCAAGCCAGAGAGCCGCGAUUCUAACCCUGCUAAAAAAGAUAUACUUUCAUCAGGAAUAAUUUGGGAGAAAAAGGUUCCAAAGCCUGCACCUACUUCUGGACCUACUCUUCGCGUUAGCGAAAUUAGAGUUGAGAAAGAUAUCGUUUGGCAGGAAGUUGUUGGCGGGAAGAAGGUUGAUGUCAGGGCUGAUAGCUUGGAGUAUAGACUGAUGGGGGAUAAGAUUUUCCAGGCUCUCCAGAAAGGACAAAGCUUUGAUACACCGAUCAAAGCAAAGGGGCUUCUAUUCUAA